AUAAUGAUAUUUUUGAUUGACUCUGUGGCAUGAGUGGCAAGACGUAGUUCUACGUAAAAAGUAAGCUUCCGAAUUGUCAAAACAAGUAUCAAAGGCAUGCAGCCAGCAGCCAGCAGCAUAUCAAUCUAUUACUUGUUUUCAACAAAUCAAAUUAAUCUUUUACUACGAAAUGCUGCACAAAGUGCGGAGGAUCAUCAUCGUGUUGAACGUGCUGAACAAACCCGUUGAACUGAUAAGUUAGUGAUAAGCAAAAUAAGGAUUUGUUUUAACAAAAUACUGUGAUUUACUGUGCAAAUAAGAUUACACGUAAUCGUAAUACACUACACGUAGUAGUUGUUUUCUAAGUAAUCAAAGGUCGAAAUUUUGCCUAUUUAAAAAUGCAAUUAAAAACUUGGUUUGUUCGUAAGAAUCGAAACCUAUUUGUAACUUGUUCCGUAACCGGCAUAAUACUACUUACAUUAGUUAAUAUAUCGACCACAGAGGAAGUUCCGGCAGAUGAUAAAUCCAAACUUAAGAUAACAGAAAAGAUUUAUUCAAAUAUUUUUAUCCGCAAACGAGAGGACCAAAAGAUGGCUGUAAAACACCUGUUAUCUACCGAGAAGUACUCCAAAAAGUUUGACUUGUUGAAACUUUCCUUGAAAGAAAUUCUGCGGAUUAUCGAACAAGACGGCGCUGUGCUGCGCGAGCACAAACUUAUAGCUGGGUCCAAGUUUCCCACAGACACAAAACUGAUAGAGCCAUUGACACGUUUCCUAGAAAAUACAUGUUUCGUUGCGGAACUCAUUCUUCACCUUCCGGACAUGUCGUACCGAAUUCUCAAGAAUAUCGACGGUUGGCGGGACAAAAUGAUUGAAGCUCAAACCUAUACACGCAGUUUUGUUACCGUACUCGAUCAAAAAUGUACACACCAGCAGCCAGCAGCAUAUCAAUCUAUUACUUGUUUUCAACAAAUCAAAUUAAUCUUUUACUACGAAAUGCUGCACAAAGUGCGGAGGAUCAUCAUCGUGUUGAACGUGCUGAACAAACCCGUUGAACUGAUAAGUCGAAAUUUUGCCUAUUUAAAAAUGCAAUUAAAAACUUGGUUUGUUCGUAAGAAUCGAAACCUAUUUGUAACUUGUUCCGUAACCGGCAUAAUACUACUUACAUUAGUUAAUAUAUCGACCACAGAGGAAGUUCCGGCAGAUGAUAAAUCCAAACUUAAGAUAACAGAAAAGAUUUAUUCAAAUAUUUUUAUCCGCAAACGAGAGGACCAAAAGAUGGCUGUAAAACACCUGUUAUCUACCGAGAAGUACUCCAAAAAGUUUGACUUGUUGAAACUUUCCUUGAAAGAAAUUCUGCGGAUUAUCGAACAAGACGGCGCUGUGCUGCGCGAGCACAAACUUAUAGCUGGGUCCAAGUUUCCCACAGACACAAAACUGAUAGAGCCAUUGACACGUUUCCUAGAAAAUACAUGUUUCGUUGCGGAACUCAUUCUUCACCUUCCGGACAUGUCGUACCGAAUUCUCAAGAAUAUCGACGGUUGGCGGGACAAAAUGAUUGAAGCUCAAACCUAUACACGCAGUUUUGUUACCGUACUCGAUCAAAAAUCACUGGAGCUGCUGGGUCUGUUCGAGCAGGAAAUAAAUGAAAGAAAACGAUCCUACAGUUAUGUAAAUCCCUACAAAGAAAAUAGCCAACCGACGCCGAAGAAAGAGAAAGCAACGAACAAGAAAAAGCUUAAAAAAGGACCUCAAUUAUCCGAAGUUACGCACAAAACCGAGCUAUAAUAUACAAGUAAGUGGCGCAUACAUAUAUUUCAAUGAAAUGUUAUAUUUUA